GAGAAAAACAAUGUGACCGCCCCAGCGGGUGUAGAAAAGCUAUUAGUUGAAAAUGGCUCCCAUUGUGAUGUACACCACCAAACGGACACCGGCUGGUCGAGCCGUCGAGAUCACCGCCAGAAUGAUCGGUCUAGAGCUGGAUUUAAAAAUAGUGGAUCUUGUGAAGAAGGAGCAACUGACACCAGAAUUCCUUAAGCUCAAUCCACAACACACCGUCCCCACGAUUGUCGACAAUGGAGUGGCGCUGUUCGAUAGUCAUGCCAUAAUCAUUUAUCUGGUGGAGAAAUACGCAAAAGAUGAUAGCCUGUACCCGAAAGAUUUGGUGACACGAGCACGGAUCAAUGCUAUGCUGCAUUUCGAUUCCGGAAUUCUUUUCGCUCGUCUUCUGGCAAUGGUCCAGCCCAUCUUCUACGAAGGAUCACCAGACGUGCCCCAGGACAAGCUGAACGCAAUCCAUGGAGCUUACGAUCUGAUGGAAGCGACACUUCAAUCAGAUUUUUUGAUUGGUAACUCGCUCACCCUGGCCGAUAUUAGCUGCUGUACGACACUGUCGACGCUGGACAUGCUGUUUCCGAUUGAUGCUGGAAAAUGUCCCAAGUUGGUUGCUUAUAUGAAAAGGCUGGAGGGUGUAAUUCCCGAUUAUCACGAGUACAACACUGUGCGUUCUGAAGAAGCUCUGGCUUAUCACAAAUUGAAGCUGGAAGAGAACAAAAAGAAAUAA